AUGGCAGAAUCCUUAAUCCCAGGCGACAACACCGUCGUCGAAGUCGAUGCGCAGAACCAAAGCGACGACAAGAAAUGGACCACGGCCAAGUCGCUCAUCCGCCGCGCCGAGCACUCGCAUAGUCGCCUGCCUGGGAUUCGCAAGAUCCCGCUGCGCUCGAUUGGGGUGAUUUUUCUUGUUGCGUUGGUGAAUGUCUUUGUGUGGAUUGCUGUUGCCGUUGUUUUGCGAUAUCAUCCAUCUUUGGUUUCGAAUGCCGUGUUGUCAUAUACUCUCGGUUUAAGACAUGCAUUUGAUGCAGAUCAUAUCUCGGCCAUUGAUCUAAUGACCCGGCGACUCCUGGCCACAGGACAGAAGCCUGUAACUGUUGGGACAUUCUUCUCGCUGGGACACUCCACCAUCGUCAUUAUCACUUCAAUCGUUGUAGCAGCCACUGCUGCAGCUGUAUCUUCCCGCUUCGACAAGUUCAGCACAGUAGGCGGGAUCAUCGGAACGUCUGUCAGUGCAGCAUUUCUGAUCCUGCUGGGUUUGAUGAACGCGUAUAUCCUGUAUAAGCUGUACAAGCAGAUGCAGAAAGUCCUGAAUCUUCCGCCGGGACAGGAGGAAGAGGCGUGGAAGAUUGAGGGCGGAGGCAUUCUGUUCUCCGUGCUGAAGAAGAUGUUCAAGUUGAUUGAUCGGCCAUGGAAGAUGUAUCCCCUCGGUAUUCUGUUCGGACUUGGCUUUGACACCUCAUCUGAGAUCGCCCUGCUCGGGAUCUCGUCUAUCGAGGCUGCAAAGGGGACGACGUUUUGGGUUAUUCUCAUAUUCCCAAUUCUGUUCACAGCUGGAAUGUGUCUCCUCGACACCGCAGACGGAGCCCUAAUGCUGGCCCUCUACGUCCAACCAGCCACAAACUUCCUCCCGCCCAAACGCACCGCCUCGACCACUUCACAGACACCCCUCAUGGACUCAGACGAACCAAUAAUCCCAUCGCAGAACCACCGCGACCCCGUCGCAUUCCUCUACUACUCCAUCGUAUUGACAACCCUAACCGUGAUCGUCGCCAUCGUGAUCGGCGUCAUCCAACUGCUAACGCUCGUUCUGAACGUCGCCGAGCCAACUGGUCGAUUCUGGGACGGCGUUCAGACGGCCGGCGACUACUACGAUGUCAUUGGUGGUGGAAUCUGCGGGGCGUUCCUUGUUUUCGGCACCAUUAGUGUGUUCGUGUAUAAGCCCUGGAGACGGUGGAUUGCGAGAAGGCAUAAGAAGCCUAUUGUUGGCGGUAGUGAUGAAGAGGGCGGCGAGUACCGGGAUGAUGUUACGUCUGAGGAUGGAACUGAAGAGAGAACCGGAGAGUUGGUUUCGGGGGUUAAUACGCCGCUGAAUGAGGGGAGGAGUUCACCUGGGGUUACGUAUGGGUCUGUUAGUGUGCAGGCGAAGGGGGAUACUAGAUAG